CCUGGCGUCUGCUUAGUGAUGUCCUCUGCUCUCUCACUUUCCCUAGGGGUCUCCGUUGCUUGUCUGUUAAUAUAAUACCUCCACUGCCAUCAAGCUGUCCGAAAUGGAACCUCCCGAGGCUACUCAAUUCAAAAAUGUCACCCAUCUCUUUGAAGAGGCUUCCCAAGAAAUGGGGAUCGAUGAAUUACUCAUGGUAGACGGCUUCACACUGUAUGAGGCAAUGAGCGCUGUUGAGAUAGGUGACCCUCGCAUGGACAGCGGAGCGCCUUUGUCCAGUGGCGAGCAGCAACCCAACUUCGACCCACUUACACCACUGCUGCCGGAGGAAGUCUGCUGGAUCCUUGAUCGGGCCAUGGCUUGCGAGAUGCACUGGCACGCCGGGAACGCACUUGCUCAGACGGUGUAUACUUGUUUAUACAUGCAUCACCUGUCAACCAUCAACCAUGACGUUAUCCAUCCAAGAGCUUUAGCUGCGUUUACAGACAAGCGACUGCCAGUUCAGCUGAUCUCUCUUGUUAUUCGUGCGGGGAUGAUAGGAAUGGUAAAAUGCUGUGACUUGGCAUAUAGAGAAUUAAUCAAGGGUAAUGUUCACGACUGCGAAGACUGGCAAGGUGAAAAAUCCGACACCAGUUUACUUGAAAGCAUGACACCGCAACGAGUCAUCGGCUUAUUAGAAGAGGCCGAGAUUUGGCUGACACUAGAUGAAGUUGUUGAUCUUCCGUUUCGUUAUGAACUCCUAAUCCGAAUUCGAUUACGAAAGGCGUUGGUUCGACUCUUUAGCCUUGAAGUACCACAAAAAAUGCCUUUCGUUGUACCUCUUUUAGCAGAAACCCGACAUCUACUUGCAAAAAUCAAGCAACACUCCAUUGAUUCACCUGCUGAUGGUUCUCCAGCGUAUGCAGCUUUUGACCCACGCAUUACACGAAGGCUUCAUUCUAUCAUGCCGAUGCGCCCUUUAACAAUUCCCUCUCAGCCGGGAACUUUGAAAGCUUUGGACGGCCUAUUAAAUGGUUGGGAGGUGCUUUAUCAACUUUCCAGUUGUGAAAGUUUAUUGGCUUGGAAUACAGACGGACUUUUUCGGGCGAGUAGUCCAGCGUGGACUUUGAGUCGACUUCCGUUCAUAAGGUCCCUGGCCCAAACUGUUUUCUCGAAUGGAUCCACUAUCCUGGAUAGGUUUGCCGUAUCCUGGCUCGUGGAGCAUUUCUUCCUUGAAAUUGCGCAUGUCAAUUUCAGCCAUCUAGUGUCCCUCUUUGAACGAAAUUUCGGUUACUCCUCAAAUUCGUUUGAGGAGUUCCACAGUACUCUGACAAGGUUGCUAGUUCAACAUACUUGGGCUUCAUACCAUAAUCGGCCUCGUCAACGACGACAUUCCAUGAAGACAGUAUUUGAUUGGCACGAUUUAUACGACUCAGCGUUGUCAACGACGGCAAGAAUGACGCCUCGAGAUAGUUCAGAUUCUAGAGUACUGAAAUGCAUUCCAUUGGUGAUCUUGCAUUGGCGAGCGGGGAUCGUCCGAGAUAUUAUUUUGUCAGGAUUCGAAUUGGAGUUGUACGCCGCCGAAGAACGUCCCUUUGCGUAUUGGUAUCUAUCGGAGGUCCUUGGUAGCCACGAGGCAAUACUUCAGGAGCUAUUAAACGCAGUUCCCGAGGAUACACCUGCUCACAACCAUCUUCUGGCACAGCUACAGUAUAUCUCGUCAUUAAAGGAAAUAUCUUUGGGAUGCUUUACGGUCUUAUGUCAUCCUUCAAAAUUUGAUAUUACACGACGGUGGACGAACUUUACCGUCCGUUACAAAUGGGCACUCCGGAAGAAAUUUGCGGAUAUCACGACGCCGGAUCCGUUCUUACCGGACUAUCGUGCGUACAUCGAGAGAGAGAAAGCAAUACUGUCAGAGGAUGAAAACGGAAGGCGCCAAAUGGCUAUCGGUCUAUUUGAUUGCGCGCUGCUGCGACUCGUGCAACUUGGUUCUUUAGCCGACAAGGACAUCGCUUUACAACUAUGUCGGACAGAGUUCAUGCAAUAUAGCAAUUACGGUUUGAGUGGGACCUUGAUGUCUGCCCGUGGUUCCCGCAAGUGGAAUUGUAGUCGCAGUCUUCAGCGUUGGGAGCACAAGUCUGAUUUGAAAUCGCUGUUCGUUGUUGCACACGCACAUCCGUUUCCUAUUUCACGCUCGGAUGUAUCAUUUAUCGAGUAG